UAAAACAUUAACCUGCAUGGAUACAUAGUGUAUUGAAUUAAAGCGAUGUUUGGAUGCAAGUUAAUUGCGAUGUUGUAAAUCUGAAAAUGUAACCUGUGCUAUGAUUGUCUUAAAAAAUACCAGCAGUCAAUGCUUCAAAAGAUAACAGUUUAUGUAUUAUAAAAUGUGCCAUUUUUAAUUGAUUAUAUUUUGCAACGUAAUGGCUGACGAUACGUUAUGUAUUGGAGACGUAGUAUGCCUAUAUUCUGUAGAAAGCAAAGGCUUUGUCUUGGCAGCUCACCACAGUUCUGCUCACAAUGUUAUCAGUGUAGGCUCUAAUCAGAACAAAGAUAAACCCGACAUCAACGACCAAAACAGUUUUGCGUUUGAAAUACUUGCGCCCAACAGAUAUAAAUGGAAUAAGAAAUAUCAAAAACUCUUAUCCGAAAUCAAACAUGAUCCGGACAACACUACUCUGCAAAGCUUGUUGCAAAAUUACCAGAAAUCAGCUGAACCUGAAAAUUUGGAAAAUAAGCGGCACCAGCAACGACAUCAAGGGAAGAAAAUCGUAUAUGGAAAUAUCAUACAGCUAAAACACAGGUUUACAAGGAAGUGGCUCCAUGUCAACAGCAUAUUAUCGUCGUUGCAGGAGAGUAAGACUUUAGCUGUUGAACUGCACGACUACAACGACAAGACAGCUCAAUUCAAAGUCAAACCUCGAUUCAAGGUCAAGGUCGACGGGGACGAGGUGCGGGCGGGGGAUCAAAUCGUUUUUGAAAGUGUCAAACAUCCUAGAGAAUUCUUACAUGUAUCGCCACAGUUUGUGGACACAAUGUCUCUUGGAAAGAAGCAACGUCAUGAAUUAAACCUUUCCUCGGAGUGCUCUGGUUUUCACGUAUUAAGAAAAUACCAACCGUCUAUGGAAGAUGGCAGUCAUAUAAAGGUUGGGGACAUUGUGCGGUUCUGCCACAUGGAGAUGGAGGCUUACAUGGUGGCAGAGGGUCUCUUUGAUGACUUCUUAACGGAAGAUGUCCAUUUGAGAGUGCGACCAGUCAGUCAUUCGAACCAUAAACCAUUGAGUCCAAGCAGCUCCGCGAUUACAUUUUGGCAAAUUGAGCUUCUGACGGGAGGAACAAAAGGAGGUGUCCUCAAGUGGCAACAACACUGUCGUCUGCUCCACAUGUGCACCCGGAUGUACCUUUGUGUACAGCAGGAAGGACAAGUGACAUUGACCGCGGACCAUUUUGAUAGUAAAACACUCUUCAGAUUUCACCCAGUCGGCAGGGCGGGAGAAGAUAUUCCAGAAGGUGGCAAAUGCAGGCUGGAACACGUAGCAACCGGCAGAUGGUUGCAUGCCUGUCAAGACGCGUACCAGAGAAAACAGGAACAAACAGGCGACAGCAAAUCGAUGGAUUCUCUUAAAUGGAGCAAUGCUCAGUUGAAGAGGGUAUCGGCGAUUGAAGAGGAGCGUAUAGAAGACACAUUCACGGUACAGUGUGUCGACCACGCACUCAUUGAUAGCUUAAACGUCGUGGCAGGCAUCAUACCAAUCAUACAGAAAGUUGUGGCGGAUAGGAAAGAUGGGCAAGUUGUAAAUAAAGAAACUACGGGUAAUGUCAUUUGUGCCCUAAACGAACUCGCUGCUUUUAUGGUCGUUGAUGGGGAACCGGCGAAGACUCGUCAAAAGCUUUUGAGGAACCUUAAUAUUAUUCAACUGAUAAUCAGGCUCCUGAAGUGUCCACUCAAUGGCCAAGAUCACUCAGAAAUGCUUCAGAUCUUCCAAGCUGCAUACGAGCUCUUGUAUUGUUUCUUGCUUGGCGGCUCUCAGAAGAACAGACUAUUCCUCGCAAGAUACAUAGACUUCUUUAUGGGGCAAUUCGACAUAAGAGAGAAGAAGACGGGAAUAAAUGCUGUUCGUGUGGUUAUUGAAAUUAUCAGAGACAAAAAGGAGAUCGUUGACCGGAUCACACACGACCACAUCGACAGGUUUGUGGACCUUUUGAAGCGAGAGAAGAACUGCAGGUACCUUGAACUGCUCGGUGUGCUUUGCGUGUGCAACGACACACCCAUUGCGGACAAUCAACACUACAUCACUGAAGUAUGGCUCCUGAAGGAAAUGAACUGUGUCUUUUUGACGGAUCUUGGUCAAUAUAUUGACAAAGACGAAGGGAAGAUGUACAUAUCUUCCAACAAUGGCAAAGACUACAUCCUACUUUCAGAGUUCGUAAAGCGCAACGAAGAUGCUAUGGAGUACUUGUUUUUUAUCAACCAGCUGAAGCUGUUUGGACAGCUAUGCCAUGGACAGAACAGUUUCUCGAUACAAGUUCUCACCAAGCAGAUGCAUUACUUCACUUGGAAACAAGCUUUCAGCUGUGUACAGAAUGUAGAGCUACCGGACAAGCUGAGGGUGUUAUACUGUGAACUGAUCAUAACCAUAUUUGUUGAUAUUCCUGACAACCGUUCCGGAGGGGAUAUUGUGAAAAAUAUCUUCGUCGCUGUCGACGGAGACAUGGACCAACUGGGGAAAAUGCCAUCGUUUCUCAACCAGUCUUCGUCUAACUUAGUUGCACUCAACAAAUGGGCUACAAGCUUUCUAAGCCAACAGGAGGAAAUGACUGCUUCAUUGGUUGACAAUAACAUGCUGAUAUCACGAAUAUUUCGAAUCAUGAAUUACUUGGUGGCUUUUGGAUUUUACGACAAUCCAGACGAGAAACAAAGAUUGCUUUCAAAUGUGAUGCGACUCAUGGACGGACGAAACGACAAACCAAAGCCGACAAACGAAGGUAACGAUGGUCAAGAAAUAUUGAAGGCGUUCCGAGAGUCGGGGAGAUUUGAACCGAGUACCGAAACCAAUGCAAUUAUAGAGGCGAAAUACCAAGCAAUGAACGUGUUGGAUCUUAUUUUUGAUUCCACCUUAAGCAAGCGCCGGGAGGCAUUUGUGGAUAUUUUUAUGAGAAUUCCGAAUGUCAAUCCAAGCCCUCAUUUUCAAGCAAAACCAGGAAUGUUGCCGGAGUUAGUUCCCAUGAUAAAAGAUCAUUAUAUAUUGGAAGAAAGUUCAACACGUGUAGCAUUACAGCAGCUAGCGAACAUAUUUGACAAAACCUCAAAUCUGAAAGAUUUUCAGAUUGUAGAAAUUCUGAUGGUUUGUCUAUUUGCUCAUUUUCAAACACUUGUCUAA